GGGGGGCUGAAGUGCGUGCGGAGGGGCCCGGGCCUCCUGCCCGUCGAGGCUCCCGUCGGCCAUCAUCAUGGGGGCAGUCUGCUCCCUGGGCGGCCUGAUCCCGUGCCUGUGCAGCGGCGCCACGUGUCUGUUGUGCAGCUGUUGUCCCAACACCAAGAAUUCUACCCUGACGCGCCUCCUCUACUCCUUCAUUCUGCUCCUGGGGACCAUGGUGGCCUGUAUCAUGCUGAUCCCGGGGAUGGAGGUGCAGCUGAAAAAGGUCCCUGGAUUCUGCGAGAGGGGUGUGGGAACGCAGCUACCGUACGUGGACGGCUACGUCGACUGUGACGCCCUGGUGGGCUACAAGGCCGUCUACUGCAUCCACUUCGCCCUGACCGUCUUCUUCCUCCUCUUCGCCCUCAUCAUGGUGAACGUGAAAACCAGCAGCGAAUGGCGAGGCGCGGUGCAGAACGGGUUCUGGUUCUUCAAAAUAGCCGCCGUGGUGGGUAUCAUGGUGGGAGCCUUCCACAUCCCCAACGAGCCUUUCUCCACAGUCUGGUUUUACGUAGGCAUCAUCGGGGCCGCCCUGUUCAUCCUCAUUCAGCUGGUGCUGCUCGUCGACUUCGCCCACGGCUGGAACGAAUCCUGGGUGGGGCGAAUGGAAGAGGGAAAUGCCCGGUGUUGGUAUGCAGCCCUGUUGUUUUUCACCAGCCUCUUCUACCUCCUGUCCAUCGCGGCCACGGCGCUGCUUUUCGUGUACUACACCAAACCGGACGGCUGCACCUUGAACAAGUGCUUCAUCAGCUUUAACCUGAUAUUCUGCGUUUUGGUGUCCGUUGUUUCCAUCUGUCCAAAAAUUCAGGAAUCGAACCCUCAUUCGGGCCUUCUGCAGUCCUCAAUCAUCACCCUUUACACCAUGUAUCUCACGUUUUCCGCCAUGUCUAACGAACCGGAUCGCUCCUGCAACCCAAGCCUGCUGAAUCUCAUCUCCCCGUUGGCCGGGCCGCCGCAGGCCCCGGGCAACGCCAGCGCCCCGCCGCCCACCUCGCCCGCCGCGGCCCCCCGCGGGCCCAGGCGCUGGUGGGACGCCCAGAGCGUCCUGGGCCUGCUCCUCUUCGCCUGCUGCCUCGUGUACUCUAGCAUCCGCUCGUCGACCAGCAGCCAGGCCAGGAAGCUCAGCCUGUCGGGAAGGGACAGGGUGAUCCUGGAGGAUGCUUCCCCGCGCGGGCCGGGCCGGGAGCCGGGGCAGGCGCGGCGGGCCGUGGACAACGAGCAGGAGGGCGUGCAGUACAGUUACUCCCUCUUCCACUUCAUGCUGGGCCUGGCCUCGCUCUACAUCAUGAUGACCCUGACCAGUUGGUAUAGCCCCGACGCCAACUUCCAGACCCUCACCAGCACGUGGAGGGCCGUGUGGUUGAAGAUGGUUUCCAGCUGGCUCUGCCUCAUCCUCUACUUCUGCUCUCUCGUUGCCCCAAUGGUCUUCCCCAACCGAGACUUCAGCUGAACGCCCCGAUCCCCCGUCCCGGGGUCCGAAUCCACGGGCCUCCCCGCCCCCCAAAACCUUUCCGGACGGCUGCCGGACCUGGGUGAAUUCGAGUCGGCGCUUGGUGUCGGACCAAAACUUUUCUCUCUCUCCGUCGUUUUCUUCGCCGCUGCCGCCGCCGUCGUCCUCUUUAACCGCUAGCACAAGGGGAGCGUCGUCGCUUUCUGAAAAUCGACUUCAGCCGGGGCUGGGAAGACGGUUCUUAAAAGGAGGAAAGGGUGGAAACCCGCGUUAGGGAACCGGGAUCCGACCUUAUGGAAGGUCAGAGGGCGUGGGGGCAUCUGAUCCAUCAGCAUUCCGGGUUUCGGGAAGAGCCGGUUGGGAGAGACCGGUCUCGGGCCGCUGCUACCACGCGUCUGAUUGCCCCAGAGGCGUAGGUGGUUUUCUAAUUUCCUCGGCGUUGCGGCAACCGCCCUGCUUAGCUUUAAGUCCGUGGCUCCGCGUGGCCAAAUAACAUUAAUUUCACGCUACGCGGGCUAAUUUCACGCGACGCUUUAUUCAGUCUGCACCCGCAAUCCGUUCAACGGAAGAGGAACCCGGGAAAAACAACACUGGCUUGAUCCGCUGCGCUUAUGUAAAAGACGCGAACGCUAGACUUAAAUGCACCGAACAUUGCGAGAGCACUUUAGUAUUUGCGCCAAACGUCUUUUUGACUAAAAUACAGGUAUUUCGAACACCCGUCUGA